UCCGUCGUUUGUUCUUCAUCUGGGGCCUUUUUCUUUGUUUCUCCUUCAUUCUGCCUCAGCCUCUGCGCACCUCACUGGCUUAUGCUUCCGCACUCUCUCUGAUCAUCGUAGCUAACCUACUCAGUUGCGGCUGGGGAUUGAUAAAGAAGGAUGUUCGGUUCUCCCAACCCUUUUGGGCAACCGUCUUCUAGCCCUUUUGCAUCCCAACCAGUCUUCGGGCAAACUGCCAAUGCAAGUAAUAAUCCUUUUGCUCCCAAGCCAUUUGGAAGUACUUCCCCUUUUGGCUCACAGACAGGAAAUACAGUGUUCGGUGGUACAUCAACUGGUGUGUUUGGGGCAGCCCAAUCCUCUUCCCCCUUUUCUUCCACAACAUUUGGCGGUUCAUCAUCGCCAGCUUUUGGUGCUACACCGUCCACUUUUGGAUCAUCAUCAACUCCUGCUUUUGGUAGUUCAUCAUCUUCAUCAUUUGGAGCAGGUUCGUCCAUUUUUGGGCAGAAGCCUCUAUUUGGAGGCUUUGGAUCUACUACUACUCAAACAAACCCAUUUGGAAGUGCAAACCAGCAAUCUCAGCCAGCAUUUGGAAGCAAUGUCUUUGGUUCCUCAUCACCUUUUGGUGCGCCUAGCCAGUCCGCAUUUGGUGCUACUAGUGCUCCAGCCUUUGGCGCCACGAGCACCCCAGCAUUUGGCGCCACAAGCACCCCAGCAUUUGGCGCCACGAGCACCCCAGCAUUUGGCGCCACGAGCACCCCAGCAUUUGGCGCCACAAGCACCCCUGCCUUUGGCGCCACAAGCACCCCUGCCUUUGGGGCUAGCAGCACUCCUGCCUUCGGUUCAACAAGCACUCCUGCAUUUGGUAGUACUGGGAAUGCAUUUGGCUCAUUAAGCACCCCUGUUUUUGGAUCUGGAGGUGGAUUUGGUGCCUCAAGUACUCCUGCUUUUGGAGUUUCAAGUACUCCUGCUUUUGGGGCUUCAAGUGCUCCUGCUUUUGGAGCUUCUAGCACUCCAUCCUUCAGCUUUGGGUCCACUUCAGCUUUUGGCCAGUCAACUUCUGCAUUUGGUAGCAGCAAUUUUGGUUCUAAUACAUCUCCUUUUGGAGCCCAGAGUUCCCCUUUUGGAGCACAGUCUACAUCUGCAUUUGGGACCAGUGGUUUUGGGCAGGCUGGUUUUGGUGGUCAGCGUGGUGGUAGUAGAGCAGCUGCUUAUGCACCAACAACUGAGCCAGAUCCUGGAAGUGGUAGUACACAAGCAGCUGGGAAGUUGGAGUCUAUAUCAGCCAUGCCUGUUUACAAAGAUAAGAGUCAUGAAGAGUUGAGAUGGGAGGAUUAUCAAUUGGGAGACAAAGGUGGACCUCUUCCUGCUGGUCAGUCUACUGGUGGUGUUGGCUUUGGUGUUUCUAAUGCACAGCCAAACCUUCUAGCUACUUCAACAUUUAGUCAACCAAGUUCAAAUCCUUUUUCUACUGCUACAUCAUCCAAUCCAUUUGCCCCUAAGCCUUCUGGUUUUGGUACUUUUGGGCCUUCAACAACGUUUUCAUUUAAUUCUUCAGCAUUUGCUACUUCAUCUUCAUCAAACCUAUUUCCAUCAACAACAUCAGCCUCGACAUCAUCUUUUCUGCCGACAACAUCCUCUCAAUUUGGAAGCUCAUCCUUAUUCAAUUCAUCUAACACUCAAGCCCUUGGCUCACAACUUGCUUUUAGUUCAACUGCAUCUCCAGGGACAAAUCUUACCUUUCCUUCCAGCUUAAAUUUUAGUAACACCCAAUCAUCUUCCCUUUUCCAAUCCACAACACCUUCAAUUGGGCAGACAGGUUCAGCCUUUGGCGCUCCAUUUACACAAUCCAGCUUGUUUAAUCAACCUUCGUCUGGGGUUGGAGGGAACCUUUUCUCAAGCUCGCCACUUCUAACUUCGAGUAAUCCAAUGGGUUUUGGUCAAUCAUCUGCCUCUUUUUCUAUGCCUUUUCAACCGGCACAAGCACAGGCUCCCACUUCCUUUUUUAGCAACCUGAGUCAGACUCAACCAAUUGGUUCAAGUGGUUUUGCAGGAACUUCGAGUAUUUUUGGUCAGAGUAACUUUGGACAAUCGCCUAUCACCCAAAGCCCCGUAGUACAACCAGCAACUGCCACAAAUCCAUUUGGGACACUCCCUGCAAUGCCACAGAUGUCAAUUAGUAAGCCAGGAGCAGCACCUUCAAUUCAAUAUGGAAUUUCAAGCAUGCCGGUUGUUGAUAAAGCUGCUCCUGUCAGAAUAUCAUCCUUCUUGACGCCUCGCCACCUAUCUCACAGACGGAUGAGAUUGCCUACAAGAAAAUAUAAUCCUAAGAAUGAUGGCCGCCCUAGGGUUCCAUUUUUCAGUGAAGAUGAAGAAACACCAAGCACCCCAAAGGCUGAUGCUCUUUUUAUUCCCAGAGAGAACCCUAGAGCAUUGGUUAUUCGUCCCACAGAUCAGUGGCCUUCAAGGGCCAGUUUAGAGAAAGCAUCACCAUUGAAGGACACCGCAGUGCGUGAAAAUGGGAAGAUUCCUGAGGACAAUUCCUCCUUGCCUGUCAACAAUUUGAAGAAUACCGAUGGAAAUGCUGUUGAGAACGGUAGUACUAGCAAGGACAGCGUCCAUCCUAACAAAGUAAACCAAAAACCCAACGGGGUCCAUGAGGAUCAUUCUGCUCCAAAGGAGGACUUGUAUAGGACAUUUGGGGGGCACAGAGCUGGCGAAGCCGCCAUCGUUUAUGAACACGGGGCAGAUAUCGAGGCAUUAAUGCCGAAGCUCCGACAUGCAGACUAUUAUACCGAGCCAAAAAUUCAAGAAUUGGCAGCCAAAGAACGGGCUGAACCUGGGUUUUGCCGUCAUGUUAAGGAUUUUGUGGUGGGCCGCCAUGGUUAUGGAAGCAUCAAAUUCUUUGGCGAAACAGAUGUGCGACGACUUGAUCUAGAGUCCAUUGUCCAGUUUAACAACCGUGAGGUGACUGUGUACCUCGACGAUAGUAAGAAGCCCCCUCGUGGGCAAGGUCUGAAUAAGCCUGCUGAAGUAACAAUACUCAACAUCAAAUGCUUCGACAAGAAAACCGGGCAUCAGUAUACGGAAGGGCCAAAAGCUGAGAAAUACAAGGAGUUGCUAAGGAAGAAGACGGAGGCUCAAGGCGCGGAGUUCGUAUCACACGAUCCAGUGAAGGGGGAGUGGAAGUUCAGGGUCGAACACUUCAGCAAGUAUAAGAUGGAAGACUGUGAGGAAGUUGAAGAGUGAGAAUGAAUGAGUGUUGUUUGUUGAGUUGUUUAAAAGAGGGGGGGAAGCGUAUGCAAUGCCAAGUUCAAGUUGGUUGCUGUUUCCUGCUUUGUAGUUUAGAAAGAGAUUUUGUGUUGGACAAUUUUAAAUGGGUCUGUAAAGAAAUAUAUGUUCAAGUAAUGAAGUACUAAGUAAGUUCUUUGUUGAGUUAUAUAGUUAGGAGUCCGUAUUGGCCUUCACAUUUGGUUUCUAAUUCAAUACAGUGAUGUUUAAAAGGACAUUCAUUUGUGAUGCUCAAUGGUUUUUCUCAAUAUAAACUUAUGGCAGUGUUCUCAUUUUUA